UGAACCACUUGGGAAUGCUCCUCGCAGGAAAUAUAGAUACUAACAUGGCAGCAAACAAAGUUGUCACCGACAAUAGGUGGAUGACAAUUUCUGAGCAGCAUGACAAUCUGUCAAUACAGCUGACGCCGCUACUCGCCGAGCGCCUUGACGUUAUGCAAGCUACUGCAGGAAUGGCCCUCCUUGUUGGAUUACCAUCUUCAACCGAGCUAGCACAACAUCUAGGCACAACAUCAUCAGCUGGAGAUGUUCUUCUCGACGCAGACCCACGGGCGAAAGUCCUUCGUAUCGCUUGUCCGACACUUCCCAGGCGUGUAAGUGCAGAAGGCCACUGCCAUGGCGACAACAUUGAAUGGGCUAGGGGAAGCGGAUUAAAGCAUUCUGAGUCCCUUGCUGCCAUCUAUAGCCGUCUCUUGGGCCCAUUCUCUCAUGUGGUCUGUGUCUUUGUCUCGAGUUUCUCCUCUACGUUAGAACUAGGUAGUUUCCUAUCAUCCUGGCUUCGAUCUACCUGGUCUAGGACGCAGAUGUUUGCGCCUUCCCACUCACCUGCAGCUUUGCCGCGCCUCAUCGUUCUGACAGAGGGGAAGACUUUACCCGGUGGCGGCUUCCUAGGAGGGCUUAAGUCAUCACUGGAAGCUAUCGUCAUGGAGCAGACGGGCUUCUCGCUCACUCGAGCCUUCUCCAACUUUACUGUCAAAGAGGCUUUGACGGAAGUCGGCCUGCUUCGGCAACGUCGAUAUACAAAGAUGACGGCGUUUCUCGAGAGCGAGUGCGCGGCGGCUAGGAGGGAUUUCGAGCGCUUGAACAUGCUCUAUGAUGCACAUAACUUGGUUGACCUAUUCUCCAGAGCCUAUCGGUGCCUGGUAUCCAAUACUAUCUUUAAUCCAGUUAUAGCUUCACGGGCAUGGAAUCCGAUACCGUCGAAUGCGGUACGGCAGAUUGUAAGGUUUCUCUCUGACUAUGAAGAUAAAGAGUCUCUACAAAAGUUCGCGUUGCCAUACCUAGUCUCUGCGAUACGCGCAAACGCGUAUCCGGCUACAUCCCAUCCUUUUGACUUUCCACUCAUCUUCGACACUAUCUACAAAUCGACCUGGGACCACGCGGCACAUACAGCGUCCUUGACAGAAGACAUGUGUCUGUUGUUUGAGCGUAUGGUGAGACGCUCUCUAGAUGCCGUAGCUGUCAUAGAUACCGAAGAUACCACGAACCCCAUGGAAAAUCUGAAGUCCUUGAACGGAUUGAAUGCCGCAAACCUUCUAGACGCCGUGACCACCGUAGGCCCUAACCCCGAUGACUGUGUCACACAAGCAAGAACGGAGAAGGUAACGGCGGGUCAACUCAAUGAAGAUCACGCGGUCCAGAUGGAUAUACAGGUAAGCUCACACGAACGUCGCCAUCUUUGUUAUCUAGUCACCAUCCGUGACAGGUGGCGGUCGCGCAAAGUUCAGGACUACUGUCCCGCCUGUAUUUUACGAAGGCCUGAAUACGGGCUGCCCUGCGGCCACAUGUAUUGCGAGCACGACAUCAGACUUUUGGGAACGAAAAUAGGGCGUGAAACAUACGUAGUGGACGAGUGCAUCUGCUGCCAAGCCCGCUUCACCGGAGUGAUAUUCCGAUUUCGGCCCAAAACCAGAGGUAUCAGGAUUCUCGCGCUUGAUGGUGGUGGCGUCAGAGGCAUCAUGAUACUGAAAUGUCUACAACUAUUGCAGACGAGACUACGGGACUUCCUCCCCGGGAUGGACAUUAUUGAGAUGUUUGAUGUUUGUGCUGGGACAAGCACAGGUGGAAUCUGUGCUUUGUCGCUCGCUCACAAAGGUAUCUCAAUCAAGGAGGCCAUCCAAGAGUUUACAGAUCUUAGUCAGCGCGUUUUCGUCACGCAGCCAAUUUGGACAAGAGUCUUGAACUUGCUCGCCCGUGGAUCAAUCUACGGUAGCCGUGCGAUAGACGAGCCACUCAAGAGUCAUUACGGUGAAAGCACGCUAUCCGACUACUCCCUCGCAUCUGCUCGCGCUGCCAAGAUUCUCGUCACAGUGACGGGAACACCGAGCGGGGAUCACAUCCUGAGUAACUUUAACGGCGUCGGUCUCGACGCCUCGCACUGCGACUUUGAACAGGCGUUUUGUCAACUUAGCGAUCCAGAAAGGCAAAAAGCAAUUCUUGCCUGGCAAGCGUGA